AUGGUAGUGACGAGACGAAGUAUACUCACAGAAUCACAAGCAAGGAGGGACGUCAAAGUCACUUCAAUUGGAAAGAGGAGCGGAAAGGGACGGGGAAUGGCUGUAAGAAAACGAGAGAAGUCUCAGUCGUUGACUGAUGUUGGAAAUAACGAAGAGUCUUCUCCUUCCAAGAUAAAAAAACGGUCUGAUGAGGAGAUGGAGGAUUUUUGUGAGAAAAAACCUCUUUCAACAAAAAAAGGAGUAAAAAAGUUUGGUCAGCGAGGGAGAUCCUGCAAUCUCGAAAAAAAGUUGGCUUCCCUUUGCAUCGAUGCAGGUAAUACAGUUGAAAUUGACGUUAUUGGUAGUGGAUCCAUGUUUGAUUAUCCUCUUAGUCAUUUUCUGUUUUCUUUCUUAUUGCAUUAUUCAGCUAAGCAGCGGGUUUGCUUUGUUGGUAGUUAUUACCUUCUUACAGGAGCUUCUCAGUCUGUUACUUCUCCGGAUGUUGAUGUAGAUGAGCGUGUGUUGUUUGGAAGAGAGAAGGAGUUCAAAUUACUCUUAAAUUCUCUAAGGACAAGCAUUGAAGGAAAAAGCUCGCUUUCGCUCUACGUAUCCGGACCUCCAGGUUCCGGCAAGACCGCCACUGUAACAGAGGUCCUAAAAUGUUUAGGAGAAUUAUAUAAAAAGUUGGUAUUGUUAUCUCUCUUUUUAUCUUAUUCUCUGAAACUCUUACAGCCUCCACAAAUUCUAACCUUUUCUCCUUAUGGGAGAGAAGUCUUGGCGGAAAUUAUAAAGGAAAUGUUAAUUAAUCAAGAAAGCAGCAAGGCAAUAGAGUUGUGCUCAAGGAAAGUUGCUGCUAUGACAGGUGAUGCUAGAACGGCCAUUCAGAUUACUCGACGAAUCAACGAGGAUGGUUGUGACACCAAAAAUGUUUUCAUACAAGUUACAAAUACACUAUCUGUUAUGUGUCGAUCUACAAGAGAAAAAAUUCACCUUCCUCCUCAGCAGGAGGUAAUCUUAGCUAUUUUGGCUCGGCUUGUCGAACUGCUUUCCUCAGCACAUAUUGAGAAAGGUAUUUCUUUCAAGAAAAUCAAUUUUCGACGUAAAAUGGGAUCUGUACUUUCUAAACUGAAUUUCUUUAUUUUAGAGAUGCUGCAGUCGUCAUACGCAAAAAUAUGCGGUAAACUGUCAUUACCGUCACUGAGCCGCGAUGAUAUAUAUCUAACUCUUUCCCUUCUUGAGACAGAAGACUUAAUUAGGUGCAGUAAUAAAAGUUGUCAACUAUUAAUAGAUGCUAAUUCUGUUCGCGAUCUUAUUGGGGACUCUCUUCUUGUACAGAACUUAGGUAAAAUAUCUGAGGUCGAUUUGUUGGACCCAUGA